CGGACCAAACACCGCCUAAGCGAGAAGAAGAUACGAAAGAGACUUGCGAGCGAAAGAGAGAGAAAAAGAGGAGAGAGAGAGAGAGAGAGAGAUGGAAGGACCUCCGGCGAACGAUCGUUGUUCGAUAUGCCAUGGAAGCUUCAAUCUUCCAUGCCAAGCCAAUUGCUCUCACUGGUUUUGCGGUAAUUGCAUUCUUCAAGUUUGGAAUUAUGGAUCAGCCCUUCAACCAUGUAAAUGUCCUUUAUGCCGUCGUCAAAUUACUUUGUUGAUUCCCAGUGAUGCUUCAUCACGGCAGCGUCAUAAUUCUGACGCUGCUGAGAUUUUGGGAAAGAUUGAAAGAUACAACCGUUAUUUUGGUGAACGCUCAAAUGGUCUUAUUCAGAGAUUGCGAGACCUUCCUUUUCUCCUCAGGAGGUUGUUUCGUGAUAUAAUGCAGCCUCAACGAUCUCUUCCGCUUGUUAUCAGGGCACGCGUCUAUUUGGCAAUGUUUGUAAGUGCUAUCUACAUUAUCAGCCCCGUGGACAUCAUUCCUGAAGGAAUAUUAGGAAUAAUAGGUCUGUUUGAUGAUGUCCUUAUAGCACUCAUCUGCUUCCUUCAUGUUGCUGCCCUUUAUCGCUCUGUACUUCUUUUCCGUCACGGAGGAUCUUGAUAUGCCCUGAAGUGUUGGAACCACAAAUGCCGAGCAAAAUGAAGAAGGAAAAGAAGGGUGGAAGGAAUAAGAAAUAUAUAUCUUCAAGUCACGUCACCUCACGUCAGAAAAAUAUUUGUUAUAUUUUUUUUGAAAAAUUAUCAAGUUUUCAGUUUAUGUUUGGAAAUUUUUUCUUUUCUUUCUUUUUUGUAUUUAAUAUGCGAGGAAAUGACUUUGAUUUAAUGUUUGGUGAUGUAGUGGAUAUGUUAUGUUCAUGCAUGUUAUGGUAACAUUUAUGAAGUUCUAUGAGUGAACUUUUAAUCUCUA